UCACAUCUUAUCCUAGAAUAUAUUAUAUAAAAAAAAAUGGGUGCUGAAAAUGGAGAUUUCUCCAUAAGUGUGACGAACGAAGAAGUGGUGGCAGCAAUGGUGCCAAUGCAAGAACAUUGGCUACCACUUUCAAACCUUGACCUCCUUCUACCUCAAGUGGAUGUUGGAGUCUUCUUUUGCUACAAGAACCCCAAGCUCAAUGACACUAACAAAAUAAUGAGCUUUGGAUCCAUGGUGGGGUCUCUGAAAAAAGCCCUAGCACAAGUCCUAAUCUCUUACUAUGUGUUUGCAGGUGAAGUGGUGGCCAACAAUAUGGGUGAACCUGAGGUGCAUUGUAACAAUCGUGGGGUUGAUUUUGUUGAAGCUGUGGCAGAUGUUGAACUCAAAUGCCUCAACUUUUACAACCCAGAUGACACCAUUGAAGGCAAGUUUGUUCCAAAGAAGAAGAAUGGUGUGCUUGCUGUCCAGGCAACUUCACUCAAGUGUGGUGGAAUAAUAGUGGCAUGCACAUUUGACCAUCGCAUAGCCGAUGCCUACUCAACAAACAUGUUCCUCGUAUCAUGGGCCGAGACGGCUCAGCCCAACAAGCCCAAAACCGCCACCGUCGCCGCCGCUUCCCGCCACCCAUGUUUCCGCCGCUCCCUUCUCAGCCCUCGCCGCCCAGGUUCCAUCCACCCUUCCCUCCGCCACAUGUACACCCCCAUCUCCGAGCUCCCUCCUCCUCCGGCCACCUCCGCCGCCGCCGCCACCCUCCUCAGCCGCAUAUACUACGUCACGGCGGAGCAGCUCCGCCGCAUGCAGUCCCUCGCCGCCACGCGCUCAAAGCUGGAGUGCUUCUCCGCAUUCUUGUGGAAGAUGGUGGCACGUGCGGCUUCACGAGACAAAGCCACCGAACGCGUUGUGGCGAAACUUGGCAUCGUGGUUGAUGGAAGGAAGAGACUUGGCAACGAUGAUGACAAAGAGAGAGAAGCCAUGAUGGACUCUUACUUUGGGAACGUGCUUUCCAUACCCUUUGGCGGGAAACCUGUGGAGGAGUUGUUGGAGGAGCCGCUAGGGUUGGUGGCGGACGCCGUUCACGAGUUUUUGGCGGCCGCCGCCACCAAGGAGCACUUCUUAGGACUAAUUGAUUGGGUGGAGGCCCAUCGACCGGUCCCUGGAGUGGCUACAAUUUAUUGUAGUCACAAUGAGGGACCGGCUUUUGUGGUGUCCUCUGGUCAGAGGUUUCCAGAGGACAUGAUGGAUUUUGGUUGGGGGAAGGUUGUGUUUGCAUCAUACCAUUUUCCUUGGGGUGGUGAAGCUGGCUAUGUUAUGCCCAUGCCAAGUCCUUUGGGGAAUGGUGAUUGGGUUGUGUACAUGCACCUUGCAAAGAGGCAGUUGGAGAUCAUAGAGUCUGAGGCGGUUCAUGUGUUUAGGCCCUUAACUUGGGAUUACCUUAACCAAUAAUAAUUGAUAUGGUGUUGAAUGAUAUUGUCUUAAUUAUUGUAUGUGUUUGUUUAAAUGUUGGUUUAGUUGUUGUAACAAAUACUAUAUGUAAGGUAGUUGGUUAAGUUUGUGAAGUGUGAAACUUGGUAGAGUUGGCAGGGUUUGUGGUUAGCUAAUGAAUAUUGAUGGUAAAUGCAUGAGUGUGAUUGAGGAUUUAAUAUAUAAUUAAUAUUGUACUUGGAUCAUUAAUGUUAGAAAUUAAAGUGAAUGUAAG